GCUCAUGUGUGUGAUCACACACAGACUACAGAAGCUAGAAACAAUUCCAAGGCAGGCGUGCCUGUGUGCAUGCUUACAGCGCUGGCUUUCCAAAGCAAAAGUGAAAACUCUCGUGAAGACACUGAGAGCCUGAAGGGGUUAAAUGAAACACAACUCUGCUUUUCCUGUGCAGUAAGGAUUAGUAACCAAACAGAAGCAGGAGAGAAGAGAGCUGAAGUGCCACUGUUUCAACAAGAACGUUUGGAAAGUGGGUUCUGGAGCUUGACUGCAGAGUGUCUCCAACUUUUGUGCUCACCUGUCACUGGCACAUGCAGAAGGCAGAGAUGAAGAACUUGUUCCUUCUGCUCAUGCUAGCAAUGAUGUCACCUUCUGUAUUUUCAGGCCGCCGGAUGAAGCGGCAGGUUGAUGUCUGGGGGAGCUGGGGUGAAUGGAGCAAGUGCAGUCGGAGCUGUGGUGGUGGAGUCAGCUUUCGGCAACGGCGCUGCUAUUCCCAAAGGACAGAAGGUUCUCCCAGUUGUGUUGGACCAACACGAAGCUAUCGGUCGUGUAAUGUUCAGAACUGCCCAGAAGGCUCACGGGAUUUCCGGGCAGAGCAGUGUGCAGAGUUUGACGGGACAGAAUUCCAGGGCAAGAAAUAUAAGUGGCUUCCAUAUUACGGAGCACCUAAUAAGUGUGAGUUAAACUGUAUUCCCAUGGGAGAAAACUUCUACUACAGGCACAAGGAAACAGUGGUAGAUGGGACAACCUGUGAACCUGGCAAGCGAGAUAUUUGUGUAGAGGGAGUUUGUCAGACUGUUGGCUGUGACAAUAUGCUGGAAUCUGCCAAGAAGGAAGACAAGUGCCUGCAGUGUGGAGGAGAUGGCAGCACCUGCUAUGGUGUGAAGGGCACUUUUGAUGUGGCCAGCCUCCCCAAAGGUUACAAUCAAAUCUUUAUUAUACCUGUGGGAGCCACAAGCAUCCAAAUUAAGGAGGUUAAGCCCAGCAGGAACUUCCUAGCUGUCAAGAACGUGCGAGGGGAGUACUACCUGAACGGGCACUGGACCAUUGACUUCAGCCGGGCGCUGCAGGUGGCCAGCACGGUGCUGCACUACGACCGCGGCUCGGAGGGCGACGUGGCCCCAGAGCUGCUCCACGCCCGGGGUCCCACCACAGAGCCCCUCGUCAUUGAGCUCAUCAGCCAGGAGCCAAACACAGGGGUACAGUAUGAGUAUUACCUGCCCCGGCAAGGACAGCCCUCGGGUUACAGCUGGAGCUACAGUUCCUGGAGUGAGUGCAGCUCCGAAUGUGGAGGAGGUUCCCAAUCCCGCUUGGUGUUUUGUACCAUAGACAAUGAAAUUUAUCCAGACUAUAUGUGCAGGAAUAAACCCCAACCAGACAACAACCGCACCUGUGGUCAUCAGCCUUGUCCCCAGACAAAACGGACUUCUUACAUCUACCUGCCGCAAGCCCGGAGUCACAGCGGCGCACGGAGCUCUCAGAUGAAGAGGUGGAAAACAGGAGAGUGGGGAUCCUGCUCGGCCACCUGUGGCGGGGGCACGCAGACCCGCUCGGUGUACUGCGUGGCGUUUGACGGGCAGAGCUGGCAGGGCGUGGUGGAGGACGCCGAGUGCAUGGCCUUCGCGCAGCCGCCGCGCCGCAGCCAGCCCUGCAACCUGCGCCAGUGUGCCACCUGGAGCACGGGGCCCUGGUCCCAGUGCUCAGCCAGCUGUGGGGAAGGAGUGCAGACCCGGACUGUCACCUGCAGGACGCAGCAGGGCUCUCAGGCUCAGGACUUCGCUUGUCUAAUGCAGCCAAAGCCAUCGGCCACCCAGCCCUGCCUGAAGGAGAACUGCAUCCAGGAAAUCGGCUGGCACGUUGGAGACUGGGGUCUGUGUUCCAAGAGCUGCGAUUCUGGCAUCCGGACACGCCAGGUCAUCUGUGCUGACAGCGACUCCAAAUUCCACAGUCCUGAGACAUGCAAAGCCAUCCAGCCACAGAAACCAGCCACCCUGGGGAGCUGCAACACACAGCCCUGCUACCUGCCACAGCAGGUCCCCAGUAUGCAGGACACUAUGGGAUACGAUGUCACUCGCCAGUCCUUGCUGAUACGUUACAACCCAAACAGCCCUGCCCCAGAUUCUGAUGAUGGAAGGAUGCUCCCUGGGAACACCAUGAUCCACAGUACCUCAGGGAAUCAGCACAUUCCAUCCACCCAAGACCACGGCAUGCCCUUGUUUCCUGCCCGCUGGGAGCCCCAGUCCCGCUGGGCAGGUUCCCAUCAGCUCAGCUUCUCUCAGGACCCCCCUGCAGGGGCUGGCUCCCAGGACUGCCACCGGAGCCCACACGGCUGCUGUCCCGAUGGGCGCACUCCGGCACCGGGCCCUCUGGGGAGAGGUUGCCCUUCCAGCACCUGCCACCAAAACAGGUAUGGCUGCUGCCCUGAUGGAGUAUCGGCUGCUCAGGGUCCAAACAACAUUGGAUGCCCACAAUACUACCAUGACCUUCAAACGAGACAAAAUCAUCCCACUGCAACCACCCCAGCAGCAAGCCAAGCCUUGUCCCAGCAGCACCCCUCAGACGAGUGCCGCGGCUCCGUGUACGGCUGCUGCUUCGACAACGUCGCCUCAGCCUCGGGUCCUCGAGGGGAAGGAUGUCUCAAUAAGCCCAACUACCCAUACCCUGUCACGUGCCUGCUGCCCAGUGCCCACGGCCCCUGCACCAACUGGACCACUCGCUGGUACUUUGUGGGAGUUGUUGGCAAGUGCAACCGGUUUUGGUACGGCGGCUGUCACGGCAAUAAAAACAGCUUUGCCUCGGAGGAGGAGUGCAUGAGAGUGUGCCACAGCUCUGUGGGGGUCAGUCACCUGGAGCUCCAGCCUUCUCCCGGCACAGGAGCUCUGCAACACCAGCAGACUGGCUCCAAUUCUCAUACAGGACGUGCUCAGGGUCAGCAGCAAUCACCCACAAGACAGACUGCAAGUCACAGCCAUGAAGGAAGAACCUAUGGGGCUUCACUCCCCACUCAAGACAGCCACAGGCAGGACAGCUGGAGGAGGGACGUGCUGCCAGAGGCCUUGCCAAGGACUGGUGUGCUGGAGAGCCAGCGCUGGGACACCUGGAGAAGCAGACUGGACAGCCUGGGCCAGCUGCGCUCCCGGGAAACAGCCGUGCCUGGGCCCCCGGACAGGCAGAGCAGCAGUGGCCAGCAGGGGCUGCCAAGGGAAGGGAAGCAGUGGCCUGAAGCUUUCGGAGCAGAUGUUUCCAAGACAGAGGGAUUUGGGCACCAGGAGCAUGCAGACUUGUUCCCAGCACAGGCUCUGCACAGAACAAUCCUGGAGGAAGCCAAGCCCUCUCUUGUGACAGCAGUUGUGGGACAAAACAUCCAGCUGGUCUGCAAGACGGGUGUGUCCCCACUCUCCAGAGUGGAGUGGAUGAAGAACAGCCGCCCAGUCUCCUCUGACAGGCACACGUACCAGUCCGACAGCUCCCUGGUGAUCAGCCACGUCCGGCCCGAGGACGCCGGCACCUACACGUGCCGCACUUCCGACGGGAGGACCGAGAGCCGGCAGAUUCAGCUGCAGAUCACAGAGUACCAGGGCGCUGUUCUGGCAGAGGGUGAGAGAGGCCGGGCCCUUCCCGAGGCAGACCAGCAGCGCCGGGGGCUGUCCAGAGGCCAGCAGCUCGCGCAGGCCGCCGGCUCCGCGGGGCGCCAGCAGCGCACACACAGGUUGAAAAUAGAUAAGAGCGAGCCCACAGUAGUGGAGGCCAAUGUUGGGGAGAGAGUCAGACUGCCCUGCACAGUGGAAGCAUCGCCAGCUCUCACCAUUGAGUGGCAGAAAGAUGGGCAGCCCCUCUCCUCUCCCAGGCACAGGCAGCAGCCGGACGGGGCCCUGGUGAUCAGCCGGCUCGCCCCUGAAGACAUCGGCUUCUUCACCUGCACCGCCUCCAGCGGGCGCGACCGCCGCCAGCGCCGCAUCCUGCUCCGGCCUCUCGGAGAGCUGAGGAUCACUGGUCUUCUGCCAAGCAUCACAGUACCUGAGGGAGGGACUGCUCAGCUUCAUUGUGCAGUGACUGGCAACAAUGUGAAUAUAAGGUGGUCAAGGAACGGAGUUCCCAUGCGGGGGGAUGGCCACCACAUCCACCUGUCCCAGGAUGGCAGCCUGACUAUUAGCAAUGUCCAAGAGGCUGAUGAGGGAUCCUACACAUGCAGCGCCUACAGCAGCAGCAGCUCUGUCAGUGCCAGCUCGGAGGUGAAGGUGCUGAGGAGCCGGCCCAGCACUACUGUGAGUCACGUUGUGGACCUGAGCAGAGAGUGCGUGGACCAGCCCCACCUUGCCAACUGUGACCUGAUCCUGCAGGCCCAGCUCUGUGGUAACGAGUACUACUCCAGCUUCUGCUGCGCCAGCUGCGCUCGCCACCGCCCCCAGGGCAGCCCCCCGCACCCCCGCGGGUGACAGCCACGGCCACGGCGACAGAGGACAAGGCUGGAGGUCUCAACUCCGUUCUUCUACUGCAUGGGAAAAUUCUAGGAACUCUGCUCUGCUGGAAAGCUCAAGAGGGUGAACUGGACAGCGUGUAAUGGGUGUAAAUGCUCAGAGGUGGGAGACCCACCACCCUCAGGUGUAUUGUAAACUCCUUUUCCCCUGUAUGCCUUGCUGUACCUAACCCACCUCUUAAGGGUAGUUGCUGUCAGUCACAGAAACCAGAUGACAGUAGGGAUGAUGUGACUAGGGAAGACAGAAGACCAGCAUGAAAGAGGGAGAGAGCAAUUCUUCACACAAGCAAGAGAGAAGUGCUCUUAAAAACAUAAUCUCUGAAGUGUUUGAAGAUGGGCUUGAACCAUUCCAAUCGAAGUAAUGAGCCAUGAACAUUUGUUCCUCCAAUGAGCAUUGCUGAACAAGUGCUCCCAGGGAGCACUUUCCAUCUAAAUGCAAAGGACUCUGGCCACAAGAAACAGCUUGAUGCAUAUAAAAUUAGUGUUCAGGUCCUAGGAGAUUACUGGCUCUUGGGAUGCAGCUGUAAUGUCAUGUUACUGUUGCUGUUUUAUUCCAGCAGAUCUUAGACAAAUUUCUAGUAGGGUCACUUUGGUUUCUAUUUGACUGCCAUCAGCUUUGGAGCGAAAUGCAGAAGCAAUGCUUCACAGAAAACUUAAGAUGAAAUAGAAAACUACUUUUAGCCCUUCCUUCACACUAGGGGUAAUUUAGAUGAAUAUACCAUCACCAUUACCUGUUCUGAGAUGCUGCAGUUUAAACAGCACUCAUUCUAGGAAGGCUUAGCUGGUAAUCUUCUUCCCCUGAGCCUGAACUGUGCUGUUUUGAUGUUGUGCUGAGUUUGGGCAGGGUCUAAUAAUAAACACAUAGAAAUACAUGUGUAGGGGCAUUUCACGUGCCAGAAUAAACCUCCCAAGGAUCUGCUCUAGUCUCAGUUAAAUCCAGGACAGCCUGGCUCUGCAUGUGGCCUGGGCUGAUGCCUGCUGCUACAGGCUAACAGGUUAGGACUUCCAGAUGCAGAGCAGCUGUAGCUGAAAAGCAGCCUUCAUUUCAAGACCAACUUGGCAGUAAGUGUGUAUCUGGGGCACUGAGAAUCUCAGGCAUUAGGGGUGGGGAGGUGAGAUUAUAUCAUGAUUAUAUCAUGUUAAGGGCCAGGAAAGGCCCUUAGGUAUCUUCAGUAGCUCAAAAUGGAAUUCCUUUCGAGCAAAAGGAUUCUUUUACAGCCUCCACACUACUGUUUUACCCUAGAAUCAGCCCUGAUAGUCCUCUUCUUCCUCAUUCUAGACUUAGAUGGGUUGAUCCUAAUUAUUAGCAACAUUACCCAUUAUGCAUAGAUGUAUUAUUUGCAUAGAUGUAGCUAUAAACUGGGGUGUAGAUGUUGAUAUAUUGGUUGGCAGGAUGGAGGAUUGAGGUUUUUUACUUGUGUUACUUUAAGGCUUUUAGGAAAUGCAGCUGAUUCAGGACUGUGCUUACACCACUCUCCUCUUCUUCAGUCCUGACUUGGCACCUAUCAGGGCAACAGCAAAGCAGAGGUGUAAACUGCCAGGGUUGACAGCCUAGAGUUGGUUUCUACUCUAAACCAGUAAAUCAGUUAAUAUGGACCUGAAAGAGGAACCACGGACCUAAAGACUGCACUCUCAUCAGCACAGGUAUGGUUCAGGGCUGGACACACUGCUCUAGGAUGUGAACAAAUGGCAAAGUCUACAAGCAAUCCAGUACAGGAGAGACAGGUGACAGUCACAGCUAUUUGGGGCUGGGUCCUUCUGGGGCCUGAUGGAUUCUGUUUGCUAGGAAAGACAAAAAUACUUAUUUUUUAUUUAAGACCCUUUAAUUUGAUUAAGGAAAAUUUCCUCUGCUGGAAUGCAGGACAGGCAUUACAAUAUAAGGUUUGAAGUGGAAAUCAUUGGAUAUUUAAGAACAAUGAGAUGGUUCUGAAAGCAUCCACUUGUGUUUGUACAUAUUUUUCUAUGUAACAUCUCAAUCCAGUGGCUUUUUCUCUGUGUGUGUGUAUAGGAUAUUUUACCAUUUUAGUAAAUGAUAUGAUUUUUGCC